UCAACUUUCCGGGGAAAAACAUCAUGGGAAACUUCAGAAACUUUACAAUCAAGAGUCGUGAUCAAGAAGCUCCAAAGAAAAAUCCUUGCCCACGAAUGCCAGACAGAAGAACUCAUUACUGUAAGUGGCACUGGCAGCGCUGCGUGUCUCAAUGGGAAAAGAAUUUCUGCUUGCGGGUGGGUUUAAUUCCCUGGAAAAAGGUUUUGGAAUCCAAGAAACUUAUAACCUACUUUGAAAAAAUCGCAAAUUGGAAAGACUCCGGCGCAGAGGAGGCAUUCCGAAAUGCAAAAACCAGAUAUUGGGCACAGAUCAAUGGUCACCCCUGUCCCUGCCAAAUUUCCGUGCCAGACCCAGACAUCUACAUUGAUGAAAUCAACUGGGAUUCGGAAAUAGUCGAUUUCGAGCUGUUAUCGAGUCUGGGAAAGGCGAUCGAUGAGCACGAAGACGAAGAAGAAGAAGAAAAGUUCGAAGCGGAUAAAUAUUCCCACCUCUUGCUUGAUCAGAAAAUUGAGCCUACAGGGUGGGAUGAUGUUUAUGAUUUCGCAGGACCUCCGGUACUAACUGGUCUCGUCGUCGGAGAGGAUUAGACGUAACCAUGAAUGAUUAAUUUCAUCCGUUCCAUUGGGUGUCAUUUUUUUAUUUUUUAUUUUUUUGCUCUGUUUUUAGUUGCAGAGUUUAGACGUGGAUACAUUGGAGGGAAAUCUGCUGCGGAAUUUAAAUAAUUAAACUUAACUCCAAUUAUAUAUUUUACUUGGCUUUUCAUUAUUACUAUUUUUUAAACUAUUUUAGUCCAUAUAUGUUUUCUAUUAAUA